GAACAAGUAAUUUCACCGCUGACAGGUCCGUUUUCAUAACUUAUUAGCACCAUGAAAGGCUUUCAUUCUUGAAUCUUGAGUGGCAAUACUGUAAAUCCAUAAUCAUCUCUAUCUCGGGGCGAGCUCCGUCAAACCUCGCCGCUCACGUAACGCACCGUCUGCAGAAAAGUUCUCCAUGAUCACCAUAGUUCAAUCGCCGUUCACCAUGGAGAACUCAAAUGCUUCUUCUUCUUCAAUUGUUCGCCUUAACAUCGGUGGGAAGAAGUUCUGCACUACUAUCGAUACCUUGACUCAACGUGAUCCUGAGUCGAUGCUUGCGGCAAUGUUCAGUGGUCGCCACACAAUCUGUCAAGAUUCUGAGAAGGGUUAUGUGUUUGUUGAUAGGGACGGAAAACAUUUUCGGCACAUUUUGAACUGGCUGAGGGAUGGUGUGGUCCCCUCUCUGAAGGAUUCUGAGUAUUCAGAGCUUUUGCGAGAGGCUGAAUAUUACCAACUAAUUAUUGACUUUUAUGUUACCCUUGUUCCUUGGAAAAGGAAGGGGCAUGAGGACACGCUUGGGUUGAUGGAUGAAAUCAAAGCAUCUUUGGUUAAGAGAAAGGAGGAUGAGGAGAUGGGUACGGAGUUGACAAGAAUUGAUAUCAUUAGAUGCAUACAGUCAGAGAGGGUCAGAUUUCGAGGAAUCAAUCUCUCCGGACUCGAUCUCUCUAAACUGGAUCUGUCAUAUGUGGACUUCAGUUAUGCCUGUUUAAAAAAUGUGUUCUUUUCACGUGCCAAUCUUCAAUGUGCAAAGUUCAGGGAUGUGGAUGCUGAAGCUUCCAUAUUUCACAAUGCAACUUUGCGAGAAUGUGAGUUCACUGGCGCUAAUCUUCGUGGAGCUCUUCUAGCUGGGGCUAAUCUCCAAAGUGCAAAUCUACAAGAUGCUUGUUUGGUGAACUGUAGCUUCUGUGGUGCGGACCUGCGUUCAGCUCACCUCCAGACUGCUGAUCUAACCAAUGCCAACUUGGAAGGAGCGAAUCUUGAAGGGGCCAAUCUGAAGGGAGCAAAGCUUGCUAAUGCAAAUCUGAAAGGUGCAAAUCUCCAGAGGGCUUAUCUGCGGCAUGUAAAUCUUCGUGAGACGGAUUUGGAAGGCGCUAAUCUUCAUGGUGCUAAUUUAUUAGGAGCCAUCAGGUGAGGAAUGAGGUUUUCACUAUUGGAGUGGUCAUUAACAUAUUUGUGUAAACACCUUUAAUUUUAACAUCCAUUUUCAAACCGAUGCAUUUCUCUCAACUUAUGAGACGUUGAAUGUGCAUAAUAAAUGCGCGGUAUCCUCUACUGAUUAUCUUUAAUUUAAGGUGUGUCUUAUGUGGGAGCAUUGUAUAUUUAAUUUUCAAGUGUGACUUUUGUGUAAAUAUUGUGGCGCUUGCCGAGAUAUUUAUUUUUCUGUAAGAGUGGUCUUCUCCAAGCCAAAAGCAUGACCACGUUAACAGUACCGCUGUAGCCCCCGUGCCCUUCCCACUGCAUGAAAUGAACUCCCUGAUGUGGCGUUGAUGUGUAACUCCAAGUCACUAAUUUUUCCUUAAUUAUUGGGGCAAGAAAAAAAAAAAAACAGAAUUUUAUUUAAAUUGUGUUAAUUAAAAA